GUCUUCAACGAGGACGGGACGGUUCGGUAUUUCAUCGAUGCGAGUCAGGAGGACCAGAGGAGCUGGAUGACCUACAUCAAGUGUGCCCGGAACGAGCAGGAGCAGAACCUGGAGGUGGUCCAGAUCGGCAGCAGCAUCUUCUACAAGGCUGUGGAGACGAUUCCUCCGGACCAGGAGCUGCUCGUUUGGUACGGAAACUCCCACAACACUUUCCUGGGAAUUCCUGGAAUUCCAGGAGGAGACGAGGAGCAGAACAAGAAGACUAAAAGCGAUGAUUUCCACCCAUGUGAAGGCCCCAUCGCUUCCUCUUCCUCCUCCUCCUCCUCGUCCUCCUCCUCUUCCUCCAGUCUGGGACGAAUGCGCUGCGUUAUCUGUCACCGCGGCUUCAACUCACGCAGCAACCUGCGCUCCCACAUGCGCAUCCACACGUUGGACAAGCCAUUCGUCUGCCGCUUCUGCAACCGGCGCUUCAGCCAGUCGUCCACGCUGCGGAACCACGUGCGUCUGCACACCGGGGAGCGCCCGUACAAGUGCCACGUAUGCCAGUCCGCGUACUCACAGCUGGCCGGCCUACGGGCGCACCAGAAGAGCGCGAGGCACCGGCCCUCCGGAGACCCCAGCGCCCAGGGUGGAGGCAUGGUGGUGGUGGGGGGCGGAGGGGUGCACUCGCCGCCUCCGUCCCACCCACCGCAGCUAACGGCUGUGCCUCACCCGGCCUCGCUGGUCCACCACAUCCCCACCAUGGUGCUGUGAAAUAACUGACCCUCCUUUUCAGAGUGAGCCUGACCCUCAUGUAUGUGUGGUGGGGGGUGGGGCUUAAGUCAACCUGCUGCUGUCACAACUCUGAACUGCCAAGCUUUUCCUGUGCCCCACACGGGGCGCCAAAACUUGUGAAAACUGUCAAAACGAGACGGUUGAACCUAGCAUUACCCUUCACACCUGCAACACAAGGCAGACUGCAAUUCAGAAAGAAAGAUGGCCGACACACACACACACACACACACACACACACACACACACACACACACACACAC